UGCACUGCCAUCAGCCCCUGCUACCUCCUCUCUCGAACUGCCCACGCCCCAUCACCCUACUUCGACUCUGCGCGGCAGCCUCCCGGAAGCCGGAGACCAGUGCACGCUGGUCGCCGCGGCAUAGGCGGACACCAUGGAACGUGGCGCGUGCAACGUCAUCUACGUUGACCGACGCGCCAAUGACGAAUACGUAAAACGAGAGACGCUGUCCGACUCCCUCAUUGCGAGAACGAGCACGGGCAAUGUUGGACAGAGCUACUUUGCGCUGGGCAAGACGCCGCCAGCUGAGGUGCACACGAACGUCGAAGCCAUCCUGUCCGUUUUCAACGAAGUCCACAUCUGCGGCUCUGGCCGCUCGUGCUUGUCCAAAAUCACCCAGCUUGUCGAUGGCACCAAGUCCAACAUACCAACUUUCGUCAUCCUCGAUGUACCCUACGAUCAAGAGCUGCGCUUGAAACGCUUGUCGCGCGAGCCUCGUACACCUUCGCCCACCUCUUCACGCAUCAUACGGGUCGACAAGGGCGAGCCAGAUGACACAUACGGCACACACUUGCUUACCCACGUAUCCUCGGAGAUCUCGUCUAGGAACUUUUCCAAACUGGUGGUCCCUAUCGUCAUGCUGACUGGUCUGGCAAUCGAGACUCCGUCCGCCGCUGCUCCGUCGAGUCUCAACAAAACACUGGUUCUGACGGACACUGUCAAACUGUCCAAAUAUCUGGAUUCCGGUGCCGUCGACGUCUUGUCGAGCCCGUUAUCCAAGGACCGCAUGCACGGCCUAGCGGUACACGCCUAUCGAUUACAGAAAGAGGCUCAACGCGGAGAAGCGAGCUUUCUCACAACUAAGAGGAACAGGAAGCUGUCGUGGGUCGGCGUCGACGAUGGGAAACCAUACGCAUACUUGCGUGAGGCUAUGGUCUCCAAUCUGAUGACUGGCAUCUGCAACCCAGAGACCGUUGGAGAUUCGGUAGAUGCUUCCGAUUUUGAACUCGACCAGCAUAGAAGAAAAGUCGUUGAGGAUAGGGUUGCAACAUGGGCCUUUUCCGCGCACGAUUUCACCGACGACGAACUACUUUACGCCGCCUUGGCCAUGCUUCAGCAUGCGCUCUCGUCACCUGAACUCUCCCAGUGGCAAUUGACUGAAGGUAAUUUGGAGCGUCUGUCUGCAAUGACCUUGCUGACUUAUCUUGCAGACGAAUUGAUCGUCUUCCUUAUGGCCAGUCGGGCUGCCUACAACGAAUUCGUCAAGUACCACAACUUCCGUCACGUCGUCGAUGUUUUGCAAGCACUGUUCCACUUUCUGGUGCGGAUUGGCACCUUGCCCAGUUACCCACCAACCAACAAGGACCCGUCCACGGAGAAGUCACCGAUUGCCGCCCUACUCAAGCCGUUCGAUGCGCUCACGCUGCUGAUCUCCGCAAUUGGACACGAUGUUGGUCAUCCUGGCGUCAACAAUGCAUUCCUGGUUGCACUCAAUGCGCCUUUGGCACAGCUUUACAACGACCGGUCUGUACUCGAAUCGUUUCACUGCGCUGCAUAUUCGCAGAUUCUCAGGCGUUAUUGGCCGAAGGUCUUCUCCGACAUUGCUAUGCGCAAGCUCAUGAUCAAUAACAUCCUUGCCACAGACAUGGGGUUGCACUUCAAGUACAUGAGCGAUUUGGGAGGGCUUCAAGAGAAGGUUGCGCACGACAAAGGAGUCACCGAUAGUUGGAGUGUCAAGGUCCGCGAAGAGCACAAGGAUCUAACUUGUGGUCUUUUGAUCAAGUGCGCUGAUAUUUGCAAUGUCGCACGGAAAUUCGAGACUGCUGCUAAAUGGGCAAACAUCCUCACGGACGAGUUUAGUAACCAAGGCAUGAUGGAAGAAGAGUUGCAGAUGCCAUCUUGUCUUUUUGGAGGACCGCCUGUCCACGACGAUAUCAUUAAGCUCGGCGAGUCGCAGAUCGGUUUCAUGAACAUUUUCGCGAGACCUCUUUUCGAGGCUGUGACUGACAUCCUUCCGGCCAUGCGUUUCGCUGUAGACGAGAUCCUGACCAACAAAGCGAUCUGGGAGGCCAAGAUCGACCAAGAGAAGCAAAGAAGGAAGACGAAGACACCCAUGAACCUCAACUUGUUACAAGCAUCAUUUGCGGCUGACCCUACGCCGAGUCCGUUUUCUGGUGGUCCCAACAAGCCGAACCCCGCUCUUUUUACACCGCCAGCAGCUGAAGAAGACGCUGGUCGCCGUGGCUCGAAUGGGUCGGUUCAUGGUGGGAUUCAAGGGUCACGCAGAUCAUCUGCUGCGGUAGCACUCGCCUCACGAGAGAAUCAAAGCUUGUCUCGGCGGGGCAGUGGCGAUGCGAACCUCACGGCAAUACUCGUCACACACACGCCAAAUGUGGGCGAUGGCACACCGAGGGGCUCGGAUGCUGGUGUUGAAGAUCGCUCAAAAGCUGACCGUAAGGACACGCUGACACGAUCUCCCUCCAAGAAGAAGGACAGAGAUAACGCCAGACCAGUGACGGCUCCUGCUCCCGCCAGACGCAGCCAAGGUAAGCAUCAAAGUACAUUUGACUAGCCGAGAAACGUCCUUGGUACUGACUACUACUCAGUCGUCGAGCUCUUUCCCGUCCAGCAGUCGUCGUCACAGAGCCAUUCGGAGAUAGAUCUCUCACAAGGCGCUAACGGCAAUCUUGAAGGCUCGAAAUUGCAGCAGUGGGAAAGCAACAAGAUGAGUGGUGAGAGCGGUGCAACACGGUCCGAUAUAUCACGCGACCCGAGUUGGUGGCGGCAGAUGAGUUCGAAACGGCGCACGACGCGCGACGCUAGGAACGGUGACCACGACGUUCUAUGCGCGCCCAAGGAGUCGAUGUUGAACGGUCCCACGUCACACCCAGAUCCAAAUGCGCAUUCGGGAACAGGUAUGAGCCCUGGCAGGAAGAAUACGACUGGGCG